CAAGUCAUUCUGGAUUUGUACUCCCUUUUUAUUGUUGCUUGUUAGUUGGUGUUUUUUGCUUGCUUUAUGUGUAUAUCAUGAUGAUCUCCCCGGAGCAACAUGAAGUUGAUUUGGUUUUGGAUAGGCAAGUGCGCCGGAAUAUACAGGACAUGAUGCACGAAGCGGAUGUACAGGCCAACCUAUUGGAAAGCGAAGGCGUUUCGGCACGUGAACGAUACAACUCUGAAUCCAGCAUCGAUCAGGACCAUAUGCAUGCGGACGCCAUGGGCGGACUAGGCAAUCUUUCGGCCGAUGAGAUUGUUGAGGAGGAUCAAGAUUCUGAGCAGGCCGUGCAGGAAAUACAAAACUUUCACGACAUGCUCGUGGAAACGCACAUCGAUGUCAACGGCUCGCUGCGCAAGCGUCGCGGCAACCUGCCAAAGCACUCCGUCAAGAUCUUGAAACGCUGGCUUUACGAGCAUCGGUACAAUGCGUAUCCCAGCGAUGCCGAGAAGUUUGCCUUGGCGCAAGAGGCCAAUUUAACUGUGCUGCAGGUCUGCAAUUGGUUCAUCAAUGCGCGCCGGCGUAUUCUGCCCGAGAUGAUUCGCCGCGAGGGCAACGAUCCUCUGCAUUUCACUAUCUCCCGUCGGGGCAAGAAAAUAAGCCCCAGCUCUUCAGGCUCGAUUGGCGGCUCAAAUGUCCACUGCACGCCGAAUCCAAUUACAGGCAGUCCGGCCUCAGAAGUUGUUGUUGGCGCUACGGAGGAGGUGAACAGCGCCGCUGAGAUGCACGAGGGCAUAGCCAAUGUUCUCACCAACUUUGAUCAAUAUGUGCGCACGCCCAACGGCCAGAUGGUCAAAAUGGAGCCAGAGUUCGACGAGAGCGUGAUAUACAGUUGGCAACAAGCAAUUGCAAACAAUCCGCUGGGCUUUCAGAGGCUGCACUCCUCGUUGCAAGCUACCAUAAUCGAUAAGAUACAGAGCUACCAACAGCGCAAGGCGGCCCUGAAUGAUGGUAGCACCGCCAGUAUUACGAGCAGCGGAAGCAGUAGUGAGAGCAGCAGCAGCACCUACAGCGCUAACAAUUCCAUGGUAUCGUAUAGUCCUUAUGGGCAGCUGUCAACAGAAUUCGACGAGGACAAGCCAGCGAGGAAGCGAGGACGCAAGCGUCAGAACGAGUUGAGCAAGACCAACGAUACUCUGCCACCAGACAAACUUCUUAAGCAGGACACGAUCCACGGUCAAGGGCAAGGCGAAGCGCAAGAGAAACAGAAAUCGGUGUAUCUUUCCAAAGCAGAAGUGUUUGCUAAACAGGAUGAUUGUUCUGGUGGUUUUGUGGCGGCGCUUAGAUCUGAAGGCGAGGAGAGUGGACACGACUACGAGUCAUGCGAGCAGGUCAGCGAGGAAGAAGUCCGCUUCGAAACAUCCGAUGACUGGCAGAGUGUCAUUAAGACCGUUUUCAGCACCGAGGAAGUGACCACCACCAAGACAAAUCCCGUCAGCAGCAAUGCAGUCAGCUGUGAUUCAGUGUCCACGCAGGUGGUCAAGAGUGGGGCUUCAACUUCAAUUGUAGGCAAUCAGCAUUUGCUGGAUCAUAUGCUAGGCGCCGAGGCCACAAUUGUGACGAGCUCGAAUGCGGAUGAUGACGGCAUUUCGUGUGUUCCAGAACCAGAGGAAACUGUCUCAAUCACUGAGAAUGAGAACACACAACCGCAUACACCUCCACGUCCAGCUUUAAGUCGCGAGGAGCGCGAUAAAUACAAAUGCCUGUAUUAUCUUGUGGAAACUGCAAUGGCUGUGCGUCAGAGUGACAGUGGACAAGAUGAGGACCUUUCCUACAUGGGAAACUAUUUAAAUAACUAACCUCUAAGCCAAGGAUUUAUAUUGUACAUAACUAUUUAGAAUUUGAUUUAUAUAUUAAGCGUCUGCUUGCACUUGUUAAUCUCAUUGAACCGUAAACCAAUGAGUA